CCAAAAACUAGUUCUCGGUCUUCUUUGCACGAUACCAGUUUAUUCGAUGUCAGAGUUUAGUGCGCGUAUUUCAAAUUUGAGUGUUAAACAAUAGGCAACGACAGUCAAGGAUGGUGGCAAACGAUGCACUCUGCUUUAUCUUAAGCACGUAUGACAAAGAGGUUAUAAGCAGCAAUUCUACAUUGAUCGAGGAAAAAUUGCUUAGUUGCGCAUCCGAGAAUGACCCAUCUCAAGAAACCAAUGCAAAGAAGAUAACUUUCAUCCACUGUCAAGAUGCAGCCAGUGAAAAUGCUUACAGCAUGCCAGAGUACUUUACUUUCCUGUGUCGAAAGUUUCAGCUCUUACCCAAUGAGAGAAGUACUCUGCUCUCUUCUAUGGACCAGCUCGUUGCACUUCAGCUUUGCUGGGCGGAAAAAAACAAAGAGGAGAGGGGAGAAUUUGACAUAGAAACAAGCACUGUAUUUGACAGUAAUAAAGAAAUUAUUAAGACCAAACUUCAUUCGGGAGAAGAGACUGAGGCUCCAGAAAUAUUGGACAGUUAUCAGAAAUUUCUUCAGCAUUGUAAUUAUGUGGACACCUGUGAUGUGCUCAAUCUGGUCCAGAAAUCAUUGGAUGAGAAUGAUGAUCUCAAAAACUACUUGUCUCAGAACCAUUUUUUAUUUAUUGGUCUGCCUACUGACCCCGUUGAGGUAGCCAUGAUCAACCUGCUUUGUAAGGACAGAGAAACCCACAAAGUCAGCAUUGAGGUGUCAUUGGAAGAGGAGAAGGAAAGGGACAUAACUGUGUGUGUGGAAGCUUCCUCUUUGGAGGUUCUACUGUCCCAAAAAACAAAGUGGAGGGGCAUUGGUACCCCAGGCCCCUCCCAAUCUGCUGGGUCACUGAAUCAGUUAUAUGUCAAAUUGGUGUAUGUGGCCUAUCUGGAACUGUUGGUAAACUCUAGGUCGGAAUUUGCCUUGGCCAGAUGCUUCAACAUUCCAGACCGUGAGCUUGGAUUGACUACCUUUACAGAUUUAAAACAUGAAGCCCAGAAGAAAAACAUGCCUAUGUAUCAGACAGCCUUAUCAUUUAUCAUGAAAGUGAGGCUUGGGGGCAAAGGUUACCAACCAGACUCUUCUCUACCUAUAACACAGCAUGUCAAAGGACUGAGUGACUUCAUCACUUUCACACACAAAUUGCAAACCAUUGUUGAAGAGGAGGACACCAGCAGGGUUGCAUGUAGAAAGAUUCUGAAUGUUCUGAAGAAAGAGAUUAGCAAAUCUAAAGAUAAAAGGAUUCAGACCUCCUCUGUUGAAGAGAUCUGUGAUGAUCUGCAAAAGAUGGCUGCUCAGGUCAUUCAGAAUGUGCAGACACACAGCCCAGCCAAGAAGCCAUCUUCUGGAGGAACCCCUUUGGGCUUCAAGACACUGAGGAUCAUCCACCAUUUGGUGGAUAAGCUGGUUACGGGGGUAGAGGUCCUGAAGGCCAACUCCCUGGACGUCCUGUGUGACAGCUUCUCCACCCAACACAGCAACACCCCUGUCCGCUUUCCUUGUCUUCUGUCUCAGUUCAGAACUCCAUGUGAUGAUGUGGACAGCCCUGAACUAAACAAAUCACUGAGACUUUUAGAGAAGCAGAGGAAAGCGACUCCUCUGCAUGCAAAGAGAUACAAGGCGAGUUUAGAUUGGGCAGCUCCAGCACACGAUGUUCAGAUGACGGACGAAGCAGAGACAUUUAAAUGUCAGAAGUCUGUGUAUGUCCUUCCCAGCAAGACCCUUGUACAACCAGCAAGUGCAUCUAAAAGAGUUGAUGUUCCUGGGCUGAAAGAGAGAACCUCGCAUCCAUCCAAUGAGGAAAACAAGGAGAAAACAUUGACGGUCAGUCACAAAGAGAAACCCCUCAGUCAAGAAUCCAAGCAGGGGGAAGGGGAGGAGGGGGAGGAUUUAUCCCAACCUGAUGUGGAAAACAAGUCAGAAGUUAUUGCCAAAGGGAAGAAGAGAAUGUCUGAGCCUUGUGAAAAAGAACCCAAGAAAAAGAAAACCCAGAGCCAGGAGAAAAAGUGUCGUCGGAAACUGCUACCUCAAAUCAAAGGACAGCAGCAAAUUAACCGCUUUUUCAGAGCGUAGGCAAAAAAAUUAUUACUUAUAUUAACUGUACUGUGGGAGUGUUGUUUAUCAAAGGUUUUUUUUUAUAUGUUGCUAUUUAUCUUUAUUUAUUAUAUGAUUUAAUGAUUUUAGUCAUUUUUAGAUAUUAUUUUAGGUUGAGAAAUUUGAUAUUAAUUUUAAUGGAAUGUGCAAUAAUGCCAAUAAAAUUAUACAUUUAUGUA